AUGCCUGCAUGCGCAUCAUGCAAGCACCAGAGGAAGAAAUGCACUGAAAAAUGCGUGCUAUCACCAUUCUUCCCGGCAGAAAAAACUAGGGAAUUCAGAGCUGUGCACAAGGUGUUUGGCGUGAGCAACAUAACGAAGAUCGUGAGGAGUCUCAAGGAGGAAGACAAGAAGAAGGCCAUCGAUUCGCUCGUGUGGGAAGCCUUCUGUCGACAACGUGACCCAGUUUGGGGCCCCUACGGCGAGUACAAAAGAGUGUGUGACGAGCUCAAGUUGUAUAAAAGCCAAUGCCAACGGAUACAAUUAGGGGCUGUGGUCUAUGAAGCAGCGCCAGUUUUGGGUGCAUGGAACAACAACAAUGGGGCCUGUAAUAAUAAGGGUAUGAAUAUGAAUGGUGGGGGAGGGAGUGGUCAUAGCAAUGCUUUCAACUAUGUUCAGAACAAUGGAAAUUACUCUUUCAAUCAACACAUGCAUAAUCUGGAGAGACUAAGGCAAGAGCAAGACUUGGGUUCUAUUGCUAAUGGUUCUAGCCAGUCAUGUUACCUGCCAGGUUGA